AUGAAUGAUACUUUUGGAACUUCGAGUGAUAAUAACAUAAACGAAAUGUUCGUAUCUACCCGAGAAGCUCUUGAGACUAUUCUCCCACAAGCUUCCGAAAAAGACAUUAGAAAGUGCGAGGAACAAAUUAGUAAAGCGGACAACUUCGAUCCUGUUCUUAUUAUCUCAGCAAACCAAAAUUGGAUUAAUCAACAUACGUACGCGGCUUAUCAAACGGUGAUGAAUGCAUUUGCAACAGAGAAUCUCCAAAAUAGACGCAGAGAUGAAGAUUCGAACUGUAUUUUCCACUUCCCACAUUUGACUGACCUUUACGCCGUGCGCGGAAACAUUCGCGGACAACAACAAUACCGCAAUGCAUUUUUCGACCCCAAUGCUCAACCUCAACAGGAGGCAAUCGGUACCGCUUGGAUUCUUUAUAAUGUGGCCGUGCGCAGGAGCGAUUUUGCGGAAGAUGAUUCGUUUUUUAAACAAUGA